AUGGACAUACUGAAAGCAGCUCUAACAGCUCCAUCAACUUCGACCACCGACAUUGCGCCACAAAACUCUGUAACUUCAUCCGAACAUCUUCAACAACAUCCGAACAUGCACAACGGAAGCCUGGAGAACAUUCCCCAGUACUCGCCAAUUAGCUUUGACAUCAAUGCUAUUUCGUCAUUGUCUGGAUUUCCGGUAAGAUUACAGUGUUUUGGAGUGUUUUAUAGGUACUGUAAGUUACGGUAGAUACUGUAUUUUUAAACUUUUUUAGUUUUUUAAAGGUUUCGUUGAAGGAAAAACCAUUUUCUAUUGUUUUACGGCUUAAAAACCGCAAAAAUAGAAUUUUCAUGUUUUCGUGGUGAGACCCAAACUAGUUUUAUAAUAUCUUGUUUACCCUUCUCUAUCCUUGAAAGUAUAGAACUUACCGCUCGUAAUUUACAAAAUUAAAAAAAAAAUAAAUUUUCAUGAUUUCGUGGUGGGACCCAAAAUUUUAUAACACUGUAAAAAUUUAAAAGAAAUAAAGCAAUGGCCGUAUUUUACAAAAUUCUCAAAAAAAAUUUUUUUUCGAUAGGAAGAAACUUUCUUUCCACCUAUUCUUAACCAGAUGCAUGCGUAAAGCGAUAUUGUUAAAGCCGCAUGUUGUUAUUUAUGGCCGGUUGUUUUUGAGUGGGAUUUGGCAAAAUUAAGGGAUUACCUCAAAAGUCGUACGUAAAACAGCAUUUACCUUAGUACAUCCGAGUCUGGCUUCGUCAAUUUAUUCAAUUUUAUUGAAGUAGCAAAAGUCGUGGCGUUAAUUUACGUUGAAAAUAAGGGUGAAAAGCGCCAGGACUUUUUUUGGUAAUUUAAAAUUUAAAAAAAAUAUUUUUUUUAAAAUUUUUAAUAUUGGUAUUAAAUUAUUUUUAAAAUUUUUUAAUAAAAAAAUGUGUUUUAGAAUUCAAAUGGCAUGGGAUUCGCCCAAAGGUACCCGUUUUACGACCAAAACAGCCUUCAGAAGCCGUUGAUAAUGAAUAAUCAAAAUCAGCCUAAUGGUAGGUUUAAAACAAUUAUUUUUUUUCUUUGGUAUGUGUAACGUAGUUUGAAGUAGAAUAGGAUAAGGCAAUGUGGGAUGAGGUAGGGUAGUAUAAGGUAUGGACAAUGUGAGAUGAGAUUGGGUAGGGAAAGGUAUGAAUAAUGUAUGAUGGGGUAGAGUAGAAAAGAUGUGGAUAAUGUGGGUUGAGGUAGGGUAGGGUAAGACAUGGAUAAGGUGGGGUGAGGUAAGGUAAGGUGAAGUAUGAAUAAUGUGAGAUUAAUUAGGGUAGGGUAGGGUAGGGUAGGCUAAGGUAAGGUAAGGUAAGGUAAGGUAAGGUUGAGUAUAACGAAAAUUUAUAAAAUUUUUAAAUUUAAACAAAAAUUCAAAUUUCAAAGCCGGGCAGGGUAAAGCAACAAAAAUUUAUGUCUAAACUCAAUUUCGAGUUCAAAAAGUAACGCAAAUUUUGUUUCCAAAUUGAAUUUUGCGCGAAAAACGUUUUGAAAGGUUAUGUAUGCAAAUGUAUUUGAAUGGUUAUGUGUAAAUGUAUGUACAUCAUGACGAGUAUUUUUGAAGAUUUUGAAACUUUUUACGUGCAAAAAUGAAAUGUUUUAUAAUUUUGAAAUUUAAAAAUUUUUAUGUUAGGCGCCGACAUAAAGAACCCGUCAUACUUUCCUUGUAAUUUCCUGUAAAAAAUGGCGGGUUCUUUAUGUCGGCACCUACUAGUUUUAUCAUAAUUUGUAAUUUUUCAGAUUUUAGAGGUCAAUAAGUAAAUAGAAAUUGUUUUUUUUAGAAAAUUUUAAAGCAAGUUUUAAAAUUAAAAAAAAAAAAAUUUCAGCAGUAAACCUGUCAGUUCACGGAGCAACAGCCACUUCUUCACCUAACCAUACCAAUACGACCAGUUCUACCCCGAACUCUCAAAAUACGACGUUGGCUCACAACAAUUCAGGCUCCACCGGGUUGAAGGAUGAUGUAGGUCUUAAAUUUUUUAUUUGUAAAAUACGUUCCGUAUAUGAUUAGCAUAUUAUAGUAUAUUAAAAUCUUGGCGUUUAGUGAGACUCGGGAACGGCAAAAGUAAAAUGAGUUAGGGGUGUUCAAUGAUAGGGCUAGGGUGGAAUAAGUUAGGACAGGGCAAUGGUAGGGCUAAGGUAGUUUUAUGAUUUGCGUAGAGUAUGGCGAGGGGGGGGGGGCUUCGGUGGGGCUAUGAUAGAGUAAGACAAGGUAAAGUAGGGCAAGGGCAAGUUAGGGUAGAAAAAUAGAAGGGCAACGGUAAGCUUAAGCACUGGCUAGGGUAUGGCAAUUUAGAGUAGGCCAGGGAUAAGGCUAAUUUCGCUUAAGCUAUGAGUAGAGUGCAGUCAUUUAUAUUAAGGAAACAGUAAGGCUAUUGUAGGCUUAUAAUUCGGGUGAUGUAAGCAAGAGGCAAUGAUAGAACUAAGUGAUCGUAUGGCUAGGGCAGGGUAAGUUAUGAUAAGGCAAUGGUAGGACUCAAGAGGGCUUAUAGUUGGGCUAGAGAAAGACACUACCUUUGCCUUGGGACAAAGGUAUUGUAGGCUAGGGCAGAGCCAGAAUAAAGCUAGAGUUGGUUUAUGAUGUGCCUAGUAAAAAGGAAUACCGCUGACAAAAAAAUUUUAAAUUAAAAAAUAAUGCUUUAGGGCUUGUUCAACCCAAUGAAUUCUUGUUUCCCAUGUAACCCACUGCCAGUUCCUGCCAAGAACAACAACAACGCUCUGCUUCAACAAGGUAUGUCAUCAAAAUAACUUUUUUUCAAAAAACUUGAAAUAAAUCAAUCUUUAAAAAGUCUUGUAGCAAAUUUACAUUGACUUUCACAUUCAAAAACGACAAGAUUUUUUUGACAUUUCAAAAUGACCGCAAAACAUGACCUAACCUAUAAUUAGAUGCUAGGAAUUAUUGAACAUUAAGAAACAAUUGGAGUAGGUCACUUAAGGUUAGUGGCGGCAACUCCUCAUGGCCACCUUUAAUUGUCCCAAGCUACUUUCGGCGCCGGAAAUUGCGCGCAUCCUUUUCUUCUGGAGCUCCUUUGAUUAGGCCAAGCAGCUACUUCAAAUUGGGCUUACGAAAAUUCGAAAUUUUGAUCUAAUUAAAGGGGGGUUGAUUUUGAGGAGGGUAAGGUAGGGUAUAGUAGGGUAGUUGAAGAUAGAUAAGGGUAAGCGUAGGUGAGGAUAAGUAAUAGUAAGGUAGGGCAGUUAGGGAUAAGUGAGGAUAGGUGUGGGUAUCUAAGAGUAGGUAAGGGUAGAUAAAGGUAGGUGAAAGUAGGAGUGAGGGACGAGCCGGGCCAACUUUUUGAGACCAUCUCUGCGGGAUUGACCUAAUCUUUAGGCCCGGCCGGUUUUAAUUUUCUCUCAGUUUCUCUCCUCUAGGUGAGAGCAGGUGGAGGUAGAUAAGGGUACGGUAGGGUAUGGUAGGGCUUUGAACUAAGGCUCUGGGCAAGGGCUAGGGUUUUAAACUAGGUUUCUGGGCUAGGGCUUUGGGUUAGGGUUCUGGGCUAGGGCUCUGGACGUUCUGGAGUAGAGUUUUGGCCAGGCUUCACAAAAAGCAUAGUGUUUACUAUAAUAUUCUUUAUGCGCUUCAAGAUUGGUUGAAUAACCGCCAUUAAACGGUCGGUUCUUUGUUCUUUUUAUGAAGCGCGAACCGAGCCCGCAAAGAGAAUAUUGGGCCGCUGGUUGUAAUUGCUCGCCGCUCAUGUCAUGACAUAAAUCUCAUCGAGUAUGCACUUUAAUAGCUGUUGAGCUUUCCCCCAUUGUGGUUUAUUGCUUCAGGCCAUGAAAAAGAGUGAAGAGUACUGUAAGGAAUGGCAGCUUAAACAUUUUCUGUUUUGUGAGAGAAAGUCGAGGGUGGUGGUUGAUUUUUUGGUGUAACGUACGAGUUUGUUAACAAAGUUGGAUAAUAAUUACUGUGUAGGUAGCACAAACAACAAGCUAUUAAUACGCAAAGUUUCUAACUUUCAGUGCUGUUGAAAAAAAAACAGUAUUUUAGUUUUUUUAAAUAUCUAAGUUUCGCCAGAAGAAAAAAAUUGUUUUUGAUGUAAAAUACGAACGAUCGAUUAAGUGUUUUCAAUAAAACACAAAAUGAUAAGGCAUGCCAUAAGCUAUCAUCGUGCCAAAUUUAAAAGCUUCAACAAAGUUCAAAAAAAUGUAUCAGUAAUUUAUUUUUUAAAAAGUAAAAUUUUCACCAGAAGAUAAGAUAACUUAUGUUCGAUGUAAACCUCCCAGAAAUAAAACACAUAAAGAUAAGGCAUACUAGAAGCUAUCAAAAAAUUUUAAAACUUUAUCAAAGUUCAAAAAAAAGUUACAGUAAUUUUUUAUUCGAAACCAAAAAUUCGCUCAAAACGAUAAUUUACAAACUUUUAAUAGUAAAAUACGUCCCAAUCACGUCGAGAAUAAAAUUUUUAACAAUUCUAGACCGUAAAUAUAACCUAAACAUGUCAUUUUUAUAAAAAAAAAAUUUGUUUGAAGCGCCGAAAAAGGGGAAAUUAAUGCACUGUGCGGCACAAAGAAAAACCCGCACCAAUUGCGUAAUUAAACAAAAGCAGGCAUACAAACGCAUGAAUCUAGUACAAUAGACCUACUUAGAAUGCAUGGUAAACAGAAAAGUAGAUUUUGUUGAAAAAAUGUGUUUUUAGAUGGGGAGGAGGAGAGGGUAAAGGUGGGGUAGAGCGAAAAAAUUUUUUGAAAAAGUUGAAUGUGCUCCUUCUGUUGAUCUUUUUAAACAUAAGGUAAAAAAUGUCAUUUUUAUGUAAAAAAGAGUAAAAAUAGAUGUUUCAGUCAAAAAAAAGAAAUUUGCCAUGUUUCAUAACCAGACUCAAGUAAAACAGUUUAAUAUAGCCCCGGAAGGUCAUAACACCGUUUUAACGGACUAUUAUAUGUCUGUAAACAAGGCGGCAUCGUCUUCUUUUUCGCGGAUUUGGCCCUAUUAAACUGCCGCGAAAACCCGGUGCAGAUGCGCAAAUAAAAAAUUGAAAUUGCCAAGAUUUAUGAACUGUUUGUUACCGUAUUAUGAUAGCCCUAGCCCUAGUUAAGAGCCUAGCCUUAGCCCAGAUCCUUAGCCUACAGCCCUAGCUCAGUGCCUUAGCUUAGACCCUAGCCCAGAGCCCUAGCCCAGAGUUUUAGCUCACAGCCCUAGCCCAUUAUCCUUACCUACUUGCACUUCUAAGCCCUUAUCAAAAAUCUACCCUCCCCUGUUCUACAACAGUUUUACACUGCCUUAUCAGUACAAUAUUUUAAUAAAUUAUCUCAACCAUACAUUCCUCUAUGGUAAAUUGAAUUCCCCGCCUUGGAAAAAAAUAUAUAAAUUACCGUAAGCCAUUAUUAUAUUGCCUUGUAUUCAACAAUCAUUACCUGCCUUUCACCAGCACCUGUCCUUUGGGACUAAUUAAUCACGCUGAAAAACGUCUUGCCAGCCACGACCGUAGCAAUAAAUUUAAUCCUAUUGUAGUCCAAGUCAAUAUAACGGCGAAACCAACCGAAAAAUGAAUGUUUUUUGGCUGGCAACAGUUGUUUUGCGCGGAUUAUAAUUACAUGCUUAUUAUGACUGACAAUGGUCAUCUUAAGGUCAUGGGGGUUACUGUAGGCAUGAAUGGAAGUUUUUGAAAUUUUGAGUACUUGAAGAUGGGUUUAGAGGUUACUCAAGGUAGGGGUGGAAAACGGACUAGGCUUGGCCCAGUUUAUAAGCCCAGCCAGUGGGGCUACUUUUGGGCCCGGCCCGUUUAAAUUUUUUUUGUUUAAGCUUGCUUUCGAGAAACGCAAUCUGCAACAAAAAGUAGACGAUGCCGCCUUGUUUACAGUUAUAUAAUAGUCCGUUAAGAUGGUGUUAUGACCUUUCGGGGCUAUAUUAAACUGUUUUACUUGCGUUUGGUUAUGAAAAAUGGCAAAAGUUUAAUCAAAAAUGGCAUAAAUUUCAUGAAAAAGCAAAAAAAUUUUUAAAAAUUGUGUUUUUUUAGUUGAAACAUGAUAAAACUGGCACUUUUAUCUACUACAACAUCAAUUUUUUUUAUAUUUCAAUUAUAAAAAUGCCAUUUUAACCAAAAAAAAAUCUAGUUGUUUAAUGAAAAUGUCAUUUUAAACCUAAAAUAUGCUCAAUUUUUUAAUCUACAGUAAUCUCCCCGCAUUUAUGUAUUGAAGCGCAUCGGAUUAAUUAGUACUAAUACUGAGGUCACCCUCGUUAGUCUCUUGCUUUUCCACUUAAACGCGCACGGAAUUCAAUUUUUCCCAAAUUUCCAAACAAUAACUCGCUAAUUUUAUUUAUAAACAUGCAAAUUAGUGGCCAUGCCGGAGGACCGGUUUAAUUUUUGGGAGGCAGGAAAUUAAAAAUUUGAAAAAAAUUUUUUUUGAUUCAAAAAAAUAUUGUGGAUGUUGAUUUAUAAGGCCGGUGGGUAUACUAUAAUAUAAUAAGUGUAGGGCAGAAUAAAGCUUGUUAAGUUAAGGCAUGGUACGGUAAGGAAGAACAAGAUAGCAGUAGGAUGGCAAGGCAAAGGCAAGGGCAAAAGCAAAGGCAAAGGCAAAGGCAAGGGCAGAGAAUGGCUUGUCUGGUCUAGUCUGGUCUGGGGUGGCUCCGUCUGGUCUGGAGUGACUAGGUCUGGUCUGGCUUGGUCUGGUUUUGUCCGAGCAGGGCAGGGUAGGACUAAACAAGGCAUAUAAUAGGAUAAGAUAGGGUAACAUAGAUAGAAGCGGUGAAAGCGUGUGUAUGUAUACAAACUGCCUAAUCCAAUUGACACUGUUAUUUAUAAUGUUUUUUUAAAUAACUGAUUUUCAGACCCCUACCAAAUCCUUGGACCCACAUCUCAACGUUUGGCUAGUGCAGGCAGCGGCCAAAUCCAGCUAUGGCAAUUCUUGCUUGAAUUACUGUCCGACUCUCGAAAUGCAUCUACUAUAACAUGGGAAGGUACUCAAGGUGAAUUCAAAUUGGUGGAACCGGACGAGGUUGCUCGAAGAUGGGGAGAACGGAAGAGCAAACCUAAUAUGAACUAUGACAAGAUGAGCAGAGCAUUACGAUACUAUUACGACAAGAACAUUAUGGCCAAGGUUCAUGGCAAAAGAUAUGCUUACAAGUUUGACUUUCAAGGUGAGUAUUCUACCCUACCCUACCCUACCCUACCCUACCCUACCCUACCCUACCCUACCCUACCCUACCCUACCCUACCCUACCCUACCCUACCCUACCCUACCCUACCCUACCCUACCCUACCCUACCCUACCCUACCCUACCCUACCCUACCCUACCCUACCCUACCCUACCCUACCCUACCCUACCCUACCCUACCCUACCCUACUCUACCCUGCCCUACCCUACCCUACCCUAAAUUUUCUAAAUUUUGGCGCUGAAAAAAGUCUUGUCGUUUUUAACCUUCAAGCCUUAGUAAAUUGACGAAAAGACUUUUUUGCACAUUAUUUUGUAAAAAUUUUAGAAAACCACCCCUUUACAUUUUUAAAAUUAUUUAAAAAAUACUCUUUACCUCUUCUAAAACCUCAUUGUUCAGGAAUUUAUCAAGCCCUCCAUCCUCAAACAGCCCACGGCGCUUCGGCCGAUCUCUUCAGUCAUCAAGCUCGCUUCCAACACGACCUGAUGCAACAUUCAUCGUGGCCAAACUACAGGUUUAUCAAUCCCGGAUUCCAACCCUCUGCCAAUUUCUUCAAUGGUGCUAUGGGCUAUGGCAACUUUGGGGCUUCAAAUAUGACCGCGCCCCGAAACUUUUCUUUGUACAACUCGAAUUACAGUAACAAAUGUUUGUAA